CAUUACAUUUCUCUUUGAUUUGUUCUUGGCUUCUUUUUCUUCUCUUCUUCCACGCGCUCAAAUCCUCCAAAGUGGAGGAGGGUUUGAGUCGCAACAAUCAAAUACAUGCUCUAGGUUUGGGAGAGACAAAUUUUGAAGCUUUAAAUUUAUGUCAAGAUAUAGGCGUGCCUUGUGAAAAUAAAUUCCCUACUACUGGAUCUAUUUCCAACAAAAGAGAAAAGGAAAGAAACAGAAAAAAAAGACAAGACAAUGACACAAAAAUAUCAACUCAAAAAGGAGAUUACGGAGUUGGAGUUUUUCAGUGAGUAUGGAGAUGCUAAUAGAUACAAGCUUCUCGAAGUUAUAGGGAAGGGUAGCUAUGGAGUUGUAUGUGCAGCAAUUGACACACACACCGGGGAAAAGGUUGCUAUAAAGAAGAUUCAAGACGUCUUUGAUAAUACCUCUGAUGCCAUUAGAAUUCUCCGUGAAGUCAAGUUGUUAAGGCUAUUAAGACACCCUGAUUUGGUUGAUAUUAAAAGGAUAAUGUUGCCACCUUCAAAGAGGGAGUUUAAAGAUAUUUAUGUAGUUCUUGAGCUCAUGGAGUCUGAUCUCCAUCAUGUCAUCAAAGCUAAUGAUGACUUGACUCAUGAACACCAUCAAUUUUUUCUUUAUCAAAUGCUACGUGCAUUAAAGUAUAUGCAUGCAGCUAAUGUGUAUCACAGAGAUCUUAAGCCAAAGAAUAUAUUGGCAAAUGCAAACUGCAAACUCAAAGUUUGUGAUUUUGGUUUGGCAAGAGUUGCAUUCAAUGAUGCCCCAACAACAUUAUUUUGGACAGAUUAUGUUGCUACUAGAUGGUACAGAGCCCCAGAGUUGUGUGGAACUUUCUUUGAUAAGUAUACACCAGCAAUUGAUAUAUGGAGUACUGGAUGUAUUUUUGCUGAGCUGCUAAUAAGAAAGCCAUUGUUUCCUGGUAAAAGUGUUUUCCAUCAAUUAGAUUUGAUUACAGAUCUUCUUGGAACACCAUCACCUGAAAUUAUUACAGGAGUUCGAAAUAACAAAGCAAGAAAGUACUUGAUGAGAAUGGAAAGGAAGCUACCUAUGUCAUUUGAACAAAAGUUUCCGCAUGUUGAUCCAAUGGCACUUUCUCUUUUACAAAAGAUGCUAGCAUUUGAUCCAAUGGAUCGACCAACUGCUAAAGAGGCAUUGGCUGAUCCUUACUUCAAAGGCUUGGCCAAAGUUGAGAGAGAACCUUCAUGUAAACCAAUUUCAAAAUUUGAAUUUGAGUUUGAGCGGAGACGAAUGAUGAAAGAGGAUGUUAGAGAACUACUAUAUCGAGAAAUAUUGGAAUAUCAUCCACAAUUGCUUAAUGAUUACAUAAAUGGAUCUAAAGGCACAAACUUCAUAUAUCCUAGUGCAAUGGAUCAAUUUAGAAGACAAUUUGUUUAUCUUGAGGAAAAUCAAGGUAAAAGUGGACCAGUGCUUCCUCUAGAAAGGAAACAUAUCUCUCUUCCAAGGUCCACUAUUUAUUCCACUACAAUUCCUCCUAGUACCCAAUCAACCCUUGUCUUGAAUGAGAAAAAGAAAAUUGCACUAGAGGCAUCUAUAAGUUUAAGAGAUGCAGGGCCAAUUACUAGAAAUCAAUUAAAAGGUUUACAACCUCAACCACAGGUUCCAACAGCUAAACCGGGGAGAGUUAUAGGGCCAAUUCUACAUUAUGAAGACCAAAGCAACAUAGAAAACACUUAUGACCCAAGGAUUGUUUAUCAAAAUACUCGUCAAGCAGUCUCAUCGCAAUGUUUCUUUAAUGCACAUCUCCCAAACCCAAAGACAACAUCAUAUAUACAUUAGAAUUUUCUCAACUCAUGGAUCAACAUAUAUGCUAAGACAACCACUAAUCUUAACAUGAACCUAUACUAUCAGCAAGGCAAGAACAAUCAUUUAAAUGAGUCUAUAACAUUUAUUAAUGUAAAAUUGUUGUAGGCACAAUCUUAAAUAGCUUUAGUUGGUGCUAUAGAAGUAGUUAUUGCCACUCAUAGUCACAAGCACUUGAGUGAAUUUGAGCGGAUUGUCUUAGGUUGGUAGGUCAAGAGAUCAAAUUUUGGUAUACAUUUUGCCCGGAAUUGAAGGUGAGAAGGUUUAUUAAAUAUUAGAUGUGUUUAGGCAUUCACUUUUCCUCUAAAACUAAGUCUUUUUAAUAAAAUAAGAACUUUUUUUUAUGUG